AUGGCUUCCAGUCGCGACCCUCCCUCCGACCGCGCGGCCACAAUGUACGGCGAACUCGGCAACAAGCUGGUCCAACACGCCAAACGCACCCAAUCCCUCGCCCACCUCCCACCCUACCAAACCGAGAUCGUGCGGGCCGUGACCCGCGAAGUACGCGAUCUCGACCGCGAUGUCACUCGCCUCCUAGAGCCCUUCGAGGGCGCAUUCAAUCCCUCCGCAGACCCAGCCAUUGCCUGUGCCCUCUUAGUCGAUCACCUGUGCAUGCGUCGGAACAAGCGCUGUCUACUGGCUUACCACCGCGUGCGCACGGAGAAGCUGGAGGAACUAUGCUGGACGGGGGUGGAUAUCCUCGAGCAGCAGCAGCAUAUGGACGGGACGCAGACGGCGCUUGGGCCGAAUGGGCAUAGCUCGUUGAGUCCCGAGGAGGAGGAGUAUUUUCGACAGUAUGGGGAUUUGCUGGCUGCUUACAAGGGGCAGUGGACGGAUGUUGAUUUAACGGGGACGUUGGAGCCGCCGAAAGAUUUGUUUAUUGAUGUUCGUGUCUUGAAGGAUGCUGGUGAGAUUCAGACUGAGUAUGGUGUGAUCAACUUGACCAAAAAUAGCCAGCUGUAUGUUCGCCAGGGUGAUGUAGAGCGCCUGAUUGCUCAGGGAUUUUUGGAGCGAUUGACUUGA